AUGACGGAGGUCCGCCAUGUAGCCGCCAGACUGCUCAGCGUUCCGCUUUUUUCGCAGUCCCUGAGGUUCUUCUCGUCGCAGUGGCUGCUGGCAUCCAUGCCGCAGACGACGGCAGCUACCUCCAGCAUGAAGGGACACUGGGAGUAUCGGGUGUUUUUUCCGGAUAGUACGGAAAAUAACGCGCGCUUUGAGCAGAUGCUGAACGAUUUCCCAGAUUUGAGGACUGUAACCCCGAAGGAGCGCACGGACGUGUACCUCUACCCGCGACUGGACCACGCGAAAGCGCUGUUUCCCCACGGCGUCAAACUACGCAACGUCAAAGGCGACGGCUCGUCGGCUGGAGCGAGCGCGGCCGAGCAGGCUGCCACUGCUGACUCGCUGGAAGUCAAGCUCCGCCUCGAAAAAUACCAAUCAAACGGCAUGGCCGGCGCCGAAAAAUACAAAAAGCACCGGAUCGAGUUGGGGAACCACGAGACGACGGGUGAGAAAAAGUGGGAGAAAUUGAUUUCCUUUCUGAUCGACAGCUCUGAGGACUACUAUACGACACAGCACGUCGAAGGGAAGUAUGUCGCUCGCACGACGCGCACCACGCUUGAGGACGUGGACUCCUGGCACCACAUUGCGCUCGCCAAGGAGGUGCGGAAAGUACACGUCGGCCCGUUCGUGGUGGAAGCCACCAAAGUGACCACGGUGGCGGACCAGGAAGUUUGGUACUCACUAUGUGUCGAGGGAACCACGGGAAAGACGAAACCUGAGGACAUGUACGAUUUUGCGGAGAAAAACUCCGCGGCGCUGGCGGAGUUCCUGGCGGAACCGACGCCGGAUCAUUCCUUAUAGCAGCGAAAAAUGUACUAGUAUCCGUGUCAUGUGUUCGUAAAAAAGCGUUUCGUAACUAGACACACUUACAAAUGAGUUGCUUUAUGCAUCAAGCCACUUAAUACUAGUCAUAAAACGAAGCACGCGGGAGUUAUGCGAUUGCAUCAUGGGCAGGUACGUUUUUCGCCCGGACGACAGCACGAUUUGGAUUUGCUCAUCGGAGGCUAUCCGCAUUUCAUACAGCAUUUGGUCCUGGGAAUCGAGGGGAACAAACGGGAUGAAGUGUAGGAAAAGAAAUAGAAGGGCCUUUUCUCGCAAGAACACACGGACACCUCGGUUAGUGAACGGGAACAUUGUAUGCUGCGUCAGUCCGCUGUUGCAUAGAUAAGAAAAGCUGGAUAAGAACAUCAACUGUUUGGUGCGCGAGCACGAAUUCUUGCACCGCAUUCGCUUGAAGCCAUUGCACAAAAAGC